CUCAGUUCUUUGCGAGCGUUCGUCGUGAUCACUUCUUACACGGCGGCUAUUUAAAGUCAACUAAAACUACGCAAGCGUGAUAAGAACGAGAAUACAUAUACUUUUGUUGUUGUUCAUUGUAUAUUAAAAAAUAUUAUAGAUAUUACCGGGUGUGUAUAUAAAGAUUUUGGAUGAGCAAAUACGUUGACAAAAUUCACUUUUGAAUAGCUCUCAACUCGUUGAAAACGUGACAAUCUCUUGAUAACGAAAUUACAAAUUAAUGAUUUUGUGUUUCUAAUUGGCUGCGAAUGCACUUUUAAUUAAGUGAGAUAAUUUCUUUUUUUUUUCAAAUAGAAAAGCAAAAGUUGCAAUAUGUCGAAAGGCGUUGAACUGAAAAAUCCCAACUUGAAGCACAUGUCUUCGGACUAUUUAUACCAUCUGACCAUCAAUGUAUCCAAUACUGUUGAUACUAGCGAUAUUCAGCAACAAUUUGGGGAUGUGAAGGUGGUUUGCAUGGGUGGUACCUCAUCGCGUAUGCGUGAUCUGGCUUUAUAUCUGCGUAAUGUGCUUGGCAAUUCGGACACCAGCAAACCAAUUGAUCUGGCCGAGGCAGGACAUCGCUAUGCACUCUUUAAAGAAGGUCCUGUACUGCUUGCCAGCCAUGGUGUUGGCUCCUCCACUGCCUCCGUGGUGCUGCACGAGCUGUUGAAGCUGCUGAAGUAUGCCAAGUGCCAGGAUCCCGUUAUCAUACGCAUCGGCACUUGCGGUGGCGUUGGCGUUGCUCCAGGCACCGUGGUGGUCACCAAGAAUGCCUUCAACGGUUACUUGCGCAAUGAACACGAGAUCCCUAUUCUGGGGAAGCGUGUUGUGCGACCGGCUUAUUUCCCUGAGCAAGUUAUCCAAGACAUUCUCAAGCAUGGCAACCGCACCGAAGAUGGCUUUGAUACCAUUAUAGCCAACACCAUGUCUACAGACUGUUUCUACGAAGGUCAAGGACGCAUCGAUGGCGCUGUUUGUGAAUACGACGAUGCGGCCAAGUUGGAGUUCCUCAAGGAGUGUCAUAAGCUUGGCAUACGCAACAUUGAAAUGGAGGCCACAAUGUUAUCCUCGCUGACGCUGCAAGCUGGUGUCAAGGCAGCUGAUAUUUGUGUGACAAUCGUCAAUCGUUUGAAUGGUGAUCAGGUGGAAAUCACACCCGAUACUAAAAAAAGCCUUCGAACAGCGACCUUUUCUAAUUGUAGGCAGAUAUAUUCAGGGAUUGCUUGGAAAAUGAAAGAAUAAUGAGGAGACUAACGGAUUCUUUUUAAAGAGAUUACCAAUCAUAUGGCAUUUAUAAUCAUUAGAACAUUUUAUUUGAUUAAUAGGAAAAGAAAAUUUACAAAAA